AUGAGUGAACCUGUCACGUCAAAGUCGCCCAGCAGCCUCCUCGAGGUUGAGGGGGCCAACCCCAUCGACCAUGCCGCCGAUCUCGAUGAGAAGGCGCGCGCCGCCGACUACAAGGCCGACGCGAUUGAGGCAGAGAACGCCGAACUCAAAAUGGGCGUGCUGGAAGCUGUUCGGGCUUACCCCAUGGCCAGCCUGUGGGCUUUCACCAUGUCCUGCACAAUCAUUAUGGAGUCGUACUGUGUCUUCCUCGCGGGCAACUUCAUCGCAGUCCCCAUGUUCGAAAGACAAUACGGCAUCCCAAACCCAGCUGAUCCUUCCGAAUUUAUUAUUGAAAGCAAGUGGCAGUCGGCCCUCCAGGUGGGCGGGCCACUCGGCGCUCUUAUUGGCGUCGUCCUCGCCGGCCCUCUCACCAGCGCCAUUGGAUACCGUUGGGCGACCAUCUCCGGUCUCAUGCUGCUUAAUGCCUUCAUCUUCAUCUUCUACUUUGCCAAGUCGCUUUCUAUCAUGUUGCUCGCCCAGCUUCUUGAGGGUAUUCCAUGGGGUAUCUUUAUUGCCAAUGCGCCAGCAUACUGCAGCGAGAUUGUGCCGAUCCAGCUGAGAGCACCCGCCACCCAGAUGCUGCAAAUGUUCUGGGCUAUCGGUGCUAUUAUUGUAGGGGCCAUUACUUACGUCUAUAAUGAAUAUGAUUCCGAGGACGCAUAUAGAAUUCCUAUUGCGCUGCAGUGGAUGUUUCCUACACCUCUUGCUAUCCUCAUCUUCUGCGCACCGGAAUCACCUUGGUGGCUGGUUCGAAAGGGGCGUCUUGAUGAUGCAGUUCACGCGGUGGGCCGGCUAGGACGCUCAUCGGUCAUCGAGAACGCGAGCGAGACUGUUGCUAUGAUGCGUCGUACUAUUGAGCUUGAGAAGUCCGAAAAGGAGCCCAGUAUACUGGAACUUUUUAAGGGUACUGACCUCUACCGCACCCUUAUUGUUUGUGGUGUAUAUGCGGCGCAAAACCUCACUGGUAACCUUAUUGCCAACCAGGCUGUUUAUUUCUUCAAACAGGCCGGUAUCAAGACGAACACAGCAUUCGCCUUGGGUCUUAUCACUUCCGCCCUGCAAACUGUCAUGGUCAUGUUGUCUUGGAUCCUCACAACAUACCUCGGCCGCCGGACAAUCUACGUCUGGGGUUCGGCCAUCAACGUCGUUUUCCUUAUUGCUCUCGGCAUCGCAGGCUCUGUUGGAUCGUCGACUUCUGCCUCUCUUGCCCAGGCCUCGCUUGGUCUCAUCGUCUCCGUCCUGUUCACCCUCGGCCCGGCUCCUGCGUCAUGGGUCAUCAUCGGAGAAACCUCCGCCAUUCGCCUGAGGCCGCUGACAACUGGUAUCGGUCGCGGUUCCUAUUACAUCAUGAACAUUCCUUGUAUCUUCAUGGCAAGCUACAUGCUGAACCCCGAGUACGGAAACAUGGGCGGCAAGUGCGGCUACGUCUGGGGUGCAACUGGUCUUAUCUGCACAGUCAUGGCGUUCAUCUGGCUACCGGAGAUGAAGAAUCGCUCCUACCGUGAGAUCGACAUUAUGUUCAAGCGCAAGAUCCCGGCUCGCAAGUGGAAGGAGACUGUGAUUGAUAUCAACGAUGAUGAGUAG